CACGCACUCAUGCCACACACUGCGUCCCACGCGUGCACCGGCGCGAGCUCAGGCCAUGAGCGUAACGACAGGGCUGUGCUCCAGCUCGACACCUUGUUCGUGAAUGAUGUUUAUCAUUCGCCGUGCAAUGUCAGGUUCGGCACCGGCUGUACUGUGGUGCGUCCAACUGGACCGUCGUCGCCCUGCCACCAACGCAGGCCGGAACGUCAAGCGGUAGCAGCGUUAACGUGAUGUGCGUGCAUGCGUUGUGACACCGUCUGGCUCGCUGUCACGCGUAGCGUCGCCAUGGCCUUCCGGAACGAGCGCGCUGUUAAAUAUGGCAGAUGCCACUAUUACGUAUUUCGGUGGCAUGGCGGUCGGUGCAGCGAGCUGCGCGCAUGGCUCACGUCGCCGCGUAGGAAAUCCUCGAGGUCAAGGUCUACCGUGCGCUAUGGCACGUCUGCCGACCGUUCGUCCAGUGGCUCGUGGCGUCCAAGGACCUGCGCCGCCGCGUCCCGCUGGCUGCGACCAACGAGCGCUUUGGCGUGACAACAACGACCGCAGACGUGUUUCCGUCAACCGGCUCCGGGCUUGUUUGGAUUCAUGGGGCGUCCGUCGGCGAGUGCUUGAGCGCGCUCCCGCUCAUUCACGCGCUGACGCACAUGCAUGGCGCACGGACGGCGUCGGGUACACAGCGCCUCGACGUGCUCUUGACGACGACGACGCCCAGCGCGCGUGCGCUGCUUCAGGAGCGGCUUCGUGCGAACCCGCAUGCGCAUUGCAUCUUUGCGCCGCUGGACCACCUUCCGUUUGUCCAAGCCUUUCUCUCGACGUGGCAGCCAACCGCGGCGAUUUGGGUCGAGUCGGAGUUGUGGCCCAAUAUGAUCCUCGAGGCCGCCAAGCGCAAGAUGCCCAUGGGCUUGGUCAACGGGCGCAUGUCGGCCACGUCGUUCGGUCGAUGGAACUCGUGGCUUGGGCGGCGGCUGGCGCAGCACCUGCUCGCCCCGUUCGCAUCACUCACGCUGUGCCAAAGCCCCGAGGACCUCUACCGGUUCCAGGCCCUUGGCGUCACGUCGGCCAAGUACGUGGGCGACUUGAAAUUCCUCUCGGCCAAGCAAGCAGUCAACGCAGCUGCACGCGCACGUCUCGAGGACGCGCUUCAAGGUCGCUGCGUCUGGGUCGCCGUGAGCACGCACGACGGCGAAGAAGCCAUUUGCGUACGCGCGCACAUGGAGAUUCGGCGAGCGCAUCCCGGCGCGUUGCUCCUGCUCAUUCCUCGGCAUCCGCACCGCUGCGACGCGAUUCAAGAUGGCAUCCACACGACCACGCCGCUGCGAACCCAGCGGCGCGCCACCGACAGCACUCCCAAGCCCGACACCGAUGUCUUUAUUGUCGACGUCAUCGGCGAAACGCAGCUGUACUUUGACGUGUCGCCCAUCGCCUUUGUCGGUGGAUCGCUCGUCGACGUCGGCGGCCACAACGUGCUCGAGCCAUUGCGCUCGGGGUGCGCGGUGCUGCACGGCCCGCAUAUGGACAACUGCACGUCGGUGCUCGCGACGCUGGCGACGAUUGCCGCUCCCAUUCACUGCGUCGACGAGGCUUCGUUGGCAUCGCAUGUGACGCGCUUGCUGUCGACGCCAACGCCGUCGCGCUGCACGUCAGCGGAUGCGACGGCGCCAGUCCAAGACGCGCUCUGGGCCGCGCUUGCCCCGUUUCUGGAGCGUAUCACACAAACGAGUGCGCGUGGGCAGUCGUUGUAGUUGUUUUGUUAGUAUUACAAUGCACAAAAGGGGGCAAAACCGCGUCCAUGUUUAGUAAGG